AGUCAUUCACCGGACUACCAGCCCAAUACACACACCAAACAUGAAGGCCUUUAUUGUGUUCGCCUGCUUAGCGGUAGCGACGGCCCGUGCCGGACUCGCCCAUGGCGGUUACGGUGGCUACGGUGGCUACGGUGGCGCUGGUCUGGCCAUCACCGGACGUGGUGGACAUGGUGGUGCCGGUCUGACCGGUGGACUCGCCGCUGGUGCUGGAACCGCCGCCUCUCUCCAGGGUGGUGCCUCCAGCUUGGGAUCUGGUGGUCUUGGUGCCAGCUAUGCUGCUGGUGCGGCAGCGGCGGCUGGUGCUGCUGGAAUUCAACAAAUUGUCUCUGGUGGAGUCAUCGGCGGUAGGUCCGACAUUGGACCCGCUGAGGGACCCAAGGCCAACGUUGGACCCCAGACCGGACCAUCUGAUCUCGUAGGACCUCAGGAGGGCGCCAAGUCCGUUGGUGGACCUCGCACUGGACCGGCCAGUCUUGUAGGACCUGCUGCUGGCCCAUCCACCCUCGUUGGACCGUCUCAGGGAACCGCCACCCUCGUUGGACCGUCCCAGGCUACUGCUAACCUCGUUGGACCUAGCUAUGGUGGUGUUGCUUUCUACGCCGGAUCUGGUGGCAUCAACGGUGAUGAUGGAAGCUCUGGAGCUGCUGCUAACGCCGCGCCCGGUGGUGGUGCUGGCAUUGCUCUCGGAGGUGGUGGUGGUUUCGCCGGCGGUUUCGGCGGAGCUGGACUCGCUGGCCCUGGUGCCAUUGCUGUCAUCGGCGGUGGUGCUGGCGGUUAUGGUGGCGCUCUCGGUGGUGGUGAUGCCGGAGUCGCUGUGAUCAACGGACCAUCUGGCGCCAUCCACGCCGGACUCGGCGCUCAUGGAGCCGUCAUCCCGGCGCCCAUCGGCAAGUGGGCGUAGACGUUUUAAGACCCCAGCGAUCUCGGCUCGGCGACGGCGGCAAACUUACCACAGUCACUUACCGGUCUCGAACGAUCCUCAAACGCGCUCAACGUCUUCUUCCCAAAGCUUCGUCCAGUCUGGGAACAUGGUCGGAGCGCAUCUGACGCCAGUGAUAUGAUCGAUAGAUCACUCGGAAUCACACACAUAAAACGCGGAACGGUCGACGAAGCGUAAUUCGAAAGACGGACGCGCCGUGUCGGAUCGAAUUCUCCCGGGGAUGACAACAAACGAGAUUCGGCUACUCGUGAUUCGCGGUUUCGCGUUUUGUUUCUCCCUCUCGCUCUCGACCCGUUACAAACUCGGGUAAAAUUUAGUCAAUUACCGUUCAUCUUACGAGACCAACGAUAAAGGCAAGAAACGACUCGUGCCGCGUUCACCGAUCUCUGCUCACCUGAAGAUCUCGUCGCCUCUCGACGAGCUUUCGCCCACGAAUAGGCAGAACAUCGCCGUCUCUCGGACAUCGACAUUUACCAUUCAUUCACGCGCAUAUUCCGAGUUGCAACCGCGUGCAAUAAAGCCAACCGUGCACACACGUGUCACGCUGCACCGCCAUGGGCCUGGCAAAUGGACAAGCUUUGGUACUUCGUCGUCGGAUCAACCGGAUCUGUUCUGUUUUCUGAACACUUACCGUUGUUCCGACACUAAGCUCUUCUUCUCUUGCGUCUUCCACCAUCCGUAAGGCCGCUGCUCUUCACGUACAUAUUUACUACUUCUCUUUUUUUUUCUUGGGUCGGUCGCGCUUCUGAGCGCACCUUCCCGCAUGUUGUUAUACUUACUGCCGCACUUUCCCCAAGCAUACAUAUUAUUAUUACAUACUCGUCCAUGCACAUAUAUGUUUUUCUUAUAUAUAUAUGUAUACAUACUAUUAUCUAUUAUUUUCGCACAUAUAUAUAUAUGAACACAUUACCACAUGCGCGCUCACAUACAUACACACACAUACACCAUAUUACUAUAUAUGUGUAUUCGUAUAUAUUUACACACAAUUACACAUAUAUUAUAUAAUCGUGUUAUAUGUUAGUGAAAAGGAGAGACCGGUAGAUUAUGGUAGGUCAGCCUUUUUUGUGAGUGAAUGAAUGUAAAUAGAUGGCUCGCCGCCGCCGGCCUCCGACCCCGCCCGCCCUCGUCAUACCCUUUCUUUGCGAUCACGACUAGCACCCCACCACCACCAUAGAUAGAUACCACAUAUUUAUAGCGUUUAUACAUUUAUACAAUACUUUAUAUAAAAUAAAGCAUCAGUAUUUAAAACUCA